CUCACAAUCGAAAGAUAACUGGGCAAUAGAGAAAUGAUAAGAAAGCAGCAGGAGGAGCCUGGGCAGAAGUCAGUGUCCAGAGCUCUGUCGCUGAAUACCGAGAAAAGCUAAUCGUUGCGCAAUCUGCGCAGCCUCGACCGCUUAGAGAGAAAGAGAGAGAGAGAGAGAGGGAGAGAGAGAAAGGAUCUCAUAAUAAAAAAGAGAGAAAAAAAAUGAAUCUGCCCAAUUAAAUAAAGAAAAAAAAGAGGGACCUCCACGCUGAUGUAUACAGUGUGCGAACACGCCGCAGCUGCCAGUUAGCAGAGCUCUGAGACACACAAACUGGAAGGAGAGCUAAUUUAUGGCUGUGCAUGCUGGUUGCGUGCUGACAAAAGAGGCGCUGCAUCUUUAAAAUCCCGAAGAAUAACACCGAGCCCGUUCAGACCAAACCGUGCCAUGAUAAGGACUACUAGCACUCGUACUUUUGGAGAGCCGCUACCAGUUAAUCAGAUGUAGUACUCGGUUCCUGUGGGGUUCCCCCUUGUCUGUUCAUUGCCUGGGAGUCGGACUGAAUCCGAGUCACGUGACAGUGCCCGAGGCAGAGAUUGAGAGAAAAGCGCUUCAUUCCUUCUUCCACCGCCAUACUGUAUUUUAUACUAAAUCUCAUUUUUAUUCCAACAUUUUACUCCCGCUCGGUCUGUAAAAUAAGAAUACAAAGGAGACUUAAGAAGGGUGAGGGUCCCAGGCAAGAAAACCCCACUUAUAGCAGGAAAAGGAAAGCUCCACUAAAGAAAAAUGACUGGCAAGACCCAGACCAGCAACGUCACUAACAAGAACGACCCCAGGUCUAUCAACUCUAGGGUGUUCAUUGGGAAUCUAAAUACGGCAAUCGUGAAAAAAAGCGACAUCGAAGCCAUCUUUGCCAAAUAUGGAAAAAUUGUUGGAUGCUCCGUACACAAGGGAUAUGCGUUUGUGCAGUAUAUCAGCGAGAGACAUGCCCGUGCGGCUGUGGCUGGAGAAAACGCCAGGAUAAUUGCAGGUCAGCCACUUGAUAUCAAUAUGGCUGGAGAGCCGAAACCCUACAGGCCAAAAGCUGGAUCUAAGAGACCACUGUCUGCGCUUUACAGCGGAUACGAAUUUGAUUACGAUUACUACAGAGAUGACUUCUACAACAGCUGGGUGACUGGAAGGUGCAGGGCUUCUGGGGCAGACCGGAAACGUGGUCACUCGUCUUCGGUGGGCUCCUCCUCCACUCUAGGGCUGGAAGAGGAAGAGAGGCUCUUUGAUUAUCACGGCCGUGUACCCCCACCACCUCGUACCGUGAUCCCCCUCAAACGUCCUCGUGUGGCUCCUCCCACAACAAGAAGAGGCAAAAGUGGCUUCCCCAUGAAAGGAGGAUCAAGAUCAACAACCGGCUCCUCAUCUUCGGGCCCCAAAUUGAAAUCCGAUGAGCUGCAAACAAUCAAAAAGGAACUGACACAAAUCAAAACAAAAAUUGACUCCUUGCUGGGACGACUGGAAAAGAUAGAGAAGCAGCAGAAAGUGGAAUCUGAUAUUCAAAGAAAGUAUGAAGACAAUUCCGAGUCUCUGCAUGAGGAGUCCAUCUCCGAAAAUGCGGAUAACUCCACAGAAGAACCAGGUGAAGGUGGGCCUGAUGCUGAUGGAGAGGACAUGACUGAUGGGAUCGAGGAAGAUUUUGAUGAAGAAGGAAGCAAUGACCUGGUAGGUUUUGGCUAUAGAAAAUCAUGUAUCAGAUAUAGAAGAUACAAGCAACUAAAUAUCGGUGUGGUGAACUGAAGACGUGGCUGAAAACACACAAACCCUGCAGAGCUGGAAUGUAAACGGAUUCAGCUACACCUGGCCAACCUUCAUUAGCAACAACUGAAAGCCAACCGAACAAAGCUAUAUUUUGAAAUAGAUGUUUUUUUCUUUGACAAAUUCUGUAAUUUAUAUGCAUUCAAAUGCCUAAACUAUUUACAAAUAUGACUAAAUUCUGUAUAUAUUUGUAAUUUUAUUUUCCCGUUUUUGUCUUCGUUGUGAAUUACUGGACAUCAAAAGUUGUGGUUGUUUUCAAAAAAAGCAAUGGUACGUCUUUGUUACACAAAGUUUACGAGAGGAAAGGGCACAAAGAAGUCAGGUGGUGCUGCGGGAGGAGCGUUUGGCUCUCCACAAGACGCUAUAGAGAUAGAAAAGUGACCCAGGAGUCGCUGCUUCAUUUACUGUCUUUGCAAGUUUCCAUUAUGUUUAUGUCAAGCCUGUAAUGAUGUUCUGACAAGUUGUUAUGUGAUAGUUUGUGAAAGAGUUUGGAAAAAAAAUGGAACAACAAGCAGAUAUCGUAUUUAAAUGCAAUCUUGAUCUUGUAUAGAAUGUAAAAUAUAUGUAAAGCUAUUUUUAUGAUA